CGAGUGCUUUUCAAGAUGAUAGAAUACGAGAUUUCGUAUCUCCAAUUCGUAGUGACGUCAGCGCUGCGUCUAAAUGAACAAAUUGCAGAAGAAGAAAAGCUGAAAGGCAUGUCUUUGUUGUAUGUUUCAUCAACAAUAUUAGAACAGACAAAUCAAAGCACAUUGCUUUUAUGUUUAAUAUCUACUAGCUUUGGUUAUCUUAUAACUUAUGUUGAAACAAGUUGUAUAUUUAAAUUUGGUGAUGGCAGUGCAUGGAUCUAUUUUCUGUCGCAAAAGAAAUUAAAUGCGCUACAGUUUCGUGAUGGUGAUUUUCGGCAAACUUAAAAAACUAUCCAUUUUAGUGUUUUAACUGCAUUAUAUCUUAUGAAAAAAAGAAUCAAAGGCCAUAUAAUUG